AUGGAUCUUGAAGAGGUAAAUACUGAAAACAAUGUCUCCACACUGAAGCAAUUUGUCCUACUGGGAUUCUCUGACUUUCCAGGUCUCCAAGCAUUCUUCUCUGGGGUGUUCACCAUUGUUUACCUAAUCAUCUUAAUUGGGAACAGUCUUAUAAUUACGAUAACCAGAUUUGACCCUGCACUGAAGAAGCCUAUGUAUUUUUUCCUGGCACACUUUUCUUCCAUGGAAAUCUGUUAUGUGUCAGUCAUUCUUCCAAGAGUUCUGUUUAGCAUUUGGACUCAGGAUGGGACCAUAUUUCUUCUGCACUGUGCCAUUCAAAUGUGCUUCUUCCUUGUAUUGUCAACUGCUGAAAGUCUCCUCCUCGCUGUGAUGUCCUAUGACCGCUAUGUGGCCAUCUGUAACCCUCUCCACUAUUCUCUCCUCCUGAACCCAAAGAAGUGUGUUCAGCUGGUCAUUGGCUCCUGGCUCAGUGGUAUGCCCAUCCAGAUAGGACAAACAUGUCAAAUAUUCGCUCUGGAUUUCUGUAGUUCUCAUCAAAUUGACCACUUCUUCUGUGACAUGCCCCCCAUCCUCAGGCUAGCCUGUGGGGACACUUCUCUGCACGAACUGUCUGUCUAUGUAGUAGUUAUUUUGGCUGGUGGCAUCUCCUUCAUAUUAAUCAUUGUUUCCUACAGCAAAAUCAUUUCCACCAUUCUGAGGCUGCCAAAAGCCAGAGGACCUUCUAAAGCAUUCUCCACAUGUUUCUCCCACCUGCUGGUUGUGGUUUUAUUUUAUGGGUCUGCUACCAUUACCUACUUAAGACCAAAGUCCUUAAAUUCUUCAACAAUGGAGAGAUUGCUCUCUCUUUUCUAUACUGUGGUGACCCCCAUGUUCAACCCAUUGAUAUACAGUCUUAGGAACAAGGAGGUAAUUGCAGCACUCAGAAAAUUGUUCCUUAGAAGAUAG